CUUUCACACUGCAAUGGUUCUCAGAAACGCGUUUGGAGUGGGCCCUCUUCCUAGUUCCUACCCUCUGUGCUGCCCAUAUGUCAAAGUCUUUGUGCUUUUCAAGACAGCGAGGCGACAGAGGGGAAAAAAACAGCUGGAUCCAAGGAUCAGUGCUGCUAGCGACUCGGCUAGCUGUAUCACCCCAUCAAGCUAGCUCUUUCUCCUCGGCUGCCUGACUUCCCUAAGCUGGUGGUGAGGCUGAUGAUGAGGUGUGAAGAUGGAGGAUCCUGAAUACCUGGACCUGGAUGAGAUCGACUUCUCUGAUGAUUCAGUGUAUUCCGUGACGUCCCUGAAGAGCAUCCCAGAGUUAUCCAGAAGGAGUGAUGGCCCGGCCGAGGAGAGACCAGCUCCAGCCAUCAACUGGAGUCGCAGCGUUUCCUCCCACAGCAGCGGGGGAAUCAAACCCACGGGGCUCGCUGAGGUCCACAGUAAGUUCCGGCCGGUGAAGAGGGUCUCUCCUCUCAAACACCAACCAGAGACCACUGACUGCGACUCAGAGGAGAAAGACCAGGGCCAGGGUCCGGGCGAGGCGGGGGAGGCCAGUAAGGAUGACGCCAACUCUGACAAACCGACCCACGCCUCCACCUCCUCUGAUGGUCCGGGGGGGAAGGCGAAAGCCGGCAGCGGUGGUGUGGUGGGAGGGAACAACCCCCAGGCUCUGUUCGGGGAGCUGGAGCACUACGACUUGGACAUGGACGAGAUCCUGGACGUGCCGUACAUCAAGUCCAGUCAGCAGAUGUCCACGCUACCUCGCGUCCCCCACGAUAAGCGCUCGGUGACAGGCAGCAACCUGGGCGGAGGCACCCUGGAGAGGACCAGGGGAGGGGGGCUGAAGAGCUCCAUUUUACCCCACAACGAGCCUCUGAGCCUGGGCAGCAGCAGCUCACAGACUCCGUAUUGUGUCCUGUCCCCGGUGAAGUGGUCCGACCUCAGGAAGUCCAAGUCGAUGGAUCCAGACCUCCACCACCUCCACCGCCCCCCCGCUGGAGGAGGCUACCAGUCGGAGCUGCUCUCCUCUGGACUCCUCAGCUGCUCCGCCUCACUGUCUUCCUUCUCCGACGCAGAUAAACUGUUGUCUGCGCGAGUCUACCCAGACUCCCAGAGCCAGAGACCGGCUGUUGAUCCUCCAGGUGGGGGCCCAGGGAUGAUGUUCCCCAUGCCAGGGUGCAGCGUGGGCCGGCAGGACGCUUCUUUGCCUUGGACUCCUGGAUCGGGAGGGGGAGGAGGGGGUGGCAGCGGCGGGCCGAGGGGGUUCGGAGGAAGUGGAGGAGCAGGGGGGGAGUUGGACGAGGAGACCAAGAAGAACCAGAACAUCAUCAACAUCGUCAGAGAGGGGCAGAUGUCCCUGCUGCCUCACCUGGCGGCGGACAACCUGGAGCUGAUCCGCGACGAGGACGGGAACAACCUGCUGCACGUCUCCGCCUGCCAGGGUCACGCUGACUGUCUGCAGCAUCUCACCUCUCUGAUGGGGGAGGACAGCCUCAACGAGCGCAACAACCAGCAGCUCACCCCUGCUGGUCUGGGAGUCAAGAACGGUCAUCUGGAGUGUGUGAGGUGGAUGGUGAGUGAGACCGAGGCCAUCGCAGAGCUGAGCUGCACCAGAGAACAUCCCAGUCUGAUCCACUACGCUGCUCGAUACGGACAGGAGAAAGUCUUGUUGUGGCUGCUUCAGUUCAUGCAGGAGCAGGCCAUCUCUCUGGACGAAGUGGACCAGAACGGGAACAGUGCGGUCCACGUGGCAGCGCAAUACGGACACCUCACCUGUAUACAGACUCUGGUGGAGUAUGGCUCCAACGUCACGUUCCAGAACCAGCAGGGAGAGCGGGCCUCCCAGAGUGCCGAGCGGCAGGGACACACCACCUGUGCUCGGUACCUGGUCGUCGUGGAAACAUGCAUGUCAUUGGCCUCGCAGGUCGUUAAGCUCACCAAACAGCUCAAUGAACAGGCAACAGACAGGAUGGCUCUACAGAAACAACUGCAGAGACUGAUGGACCCCAACAACGCAGAGGGGACACCUUCAAGAUCACCCAGCUCCCAUCAGCCCUCAGUGGAGGUGUGGCCGGAGAUGAUGCUGACAGCAGAGGGGACUCCAGGUGACGGCUGGCUGGUUCGUCAAGGAGGGGUAGGCCCAGACCCCGUGCUGCGUCAGCUUCUGGGGAAGGAAACGCUGGGUCCCAGGGAGAGGCUGCCUCCGGCGGGGGGCCCCGUGGCCCCUGGGGCCCGCAGGCCAGGGCUGGUGGAGAGGAGAGAGCUCAAACUAGCGAGACUCAAGCAGAUCAUGCAGCGCUCUCUGAGUGAAUCUGAUUCAGACGGUUACCCACCAGAGGAAGGUAAAAGUCAAGAUGCUUCUGCCUCCAACACACUGCGACCUGAUAGGCCAUCUCACCUGCCAAUCACAGAGGAGGAGCCAGCGCCAACCCAACUUAACCUGACGAAUAGGAAGCACCUCCCUUCCUCCAUCUCCUCCUCGUCCUUCUCUUCCACAGCUGAGAGGAAGCAAGCGUUUUCUCUCAGCGGGUCAAAGUCGGCGGAUAGCGUCGGUUUCAACCCCUCCCCCACCUCCAGCGACCCCGAGGCGGCAGAGGGUAAAACUCCAGACGCUUCCGCUGACCUUCACGACGGUGCUAAUGGCCAGAAAGUUGCCACCAGCCCCAAGAGCGCCCUGAAGUCGCCCUCAUCUCGCAGGAAGACGUCUCAAAACCUCAAACUGAGGGUCACCUUCGACGAGCAGGUGCACAAGAGCACCAAUCAGGAUGCAGAGCAGACCAAAGGGCAUCAUGGGAAGGAGAGGACUACAACAGGAAGCUCUGAAAGCAAGCGGUCGUUCGGGGCUUUCCGCUCCAUCAUGGAGACACUGAGCGGAAACACAAACCACAACAACAACAGUGGCGUUCAGUUGGGCUCCACCUGUCAGAACUCACCCGGCAGGAAGUCAGAGAGUAAAGGCAGCCCAGCAGGAGGAGGGGGCGCCCGGGGGAAGAGCAAAACCAGUAAUAUUUAACCAACUAAGGUCUCCUGAAGGACAGAGAGCACGUAGGAAAAAAAACACAGCACAGAGCAAACAGAAAAAGAAGCCUACAUGAGAAAUGUAUAGUGAGUAACUGAAAAAAAGGGUAUCAUUUUUCUUUAUUUUUCUUCAGCUUCAGAUUUAUCGAGCCAGCUGAGUCAAAGAAACCCUGGCUUUGUUGAACUCGCUUCCUAGUAAACCCCCCUGCAUACUACACGUGUUAAGUCAAAUAGUCAAACAGACUAUAUACUAAACACUUCCAUAAAAGGCAACUUUAUUUUCAAGGACCACCCACAAGCUUUCAUCUUUGUUUGUCACUCCAGUUAGGAUUAUUUAACUUCACAUUCUUACGAACAGUUUAAAGGGAUUUUUGAAGUUUGCUCACCAUAUGUUUCUCGUGUUCUUUGCUUCGGAUGUUUUGACUUUUGUAGAGUUGAAGGACUUUAAGACAAACAAAGCUGUUGGUUUUCUUGUUCACUUGUGUUUAAUGGUGUGAUUCAGGGACGGGAAUCACUACUAAGUGAAUAACAACAACCUGUGUUAUAAUGUGGUUUAACGAUACUGAAGCAAUUGCUUUUAUUGAAGGACUGCACAAUGUUUGAGUAUUAAUCAGCGUCCUGUAGACAUCUCACAUCAGCAAAAAAAAUACUUGCAUACAUUUUUGGUUUUUAUCAAGGUUACACAUUACAUUGGUCUGCUCCAACUAAAAGGUGACAAUAGUUCUCUAACCGAGCAAAGUUUCUCUGGCAUCCUGUGACUGUACUCUGAACUACACUAAAGAUGAAGUAUUAGUAUUUAUGUUUAUGCACAUGUAUGAUUUGAAAGAAUGUGGUUAUAAUCGCGCACGUGGUUACCGUGCACCAGCACAAAUAGUUUUAAAACCACUGUAUAUAAAGUAGUAUUUAAUUGUUCUUUGCAUCAUAUUCAACAUUUUGUUUCUAUAUUAUCUAUGCAGUAUUUUUGGCAUGAAGUGGACUUUAGUUGUGUCAUGUUUGAGACGGGGAGGUUUAAGGAUGCAGCAGCGAACAAACGGCGGACCUUAUGAACUUAAGAGACUGGAGUCGAUGCGGUUUAAACUCCAGAGAUUUUAAACUCCUGACAAUCUUUCCAGAAGCUUAAAAUCAAUCAACUGGGGCUCAUUCAGUGUGGUAAUGCGUGGUAGUUGAAUUAGGAGAUUCCUUGUGAGUAACAAAAACAUGUGCUAAGUUAGCGUUUUAGGACUUCCAGGCUUCCUUAUAUCGAAGUCAAUGCAUUAUGAAAUAAUUUUUGGUUGAAUACGUCACAAGCUUGAGAAAAUGUUCACGUUUUGUCCUACGACAUAAAAUACAUCAUUCAUUACGCUUUUACAUGACUUGAAAAAUGCGCUUGCUAACAAGUGGCUAACCGAGACUCAUUACCGUCAAUGAACGUUAGCCGUCUUUUGCUUAACGGUGAUGACAUGACAAGUGUGUCGCAGAGUAAGAUUUUUACUUGGCUAUUGCAUUGACGCUUCAGCUAUUUUAAAGUGGUGAUGUUAAUAUGUUCAGAUUAUCCUGCUGAACAAAAUGUGUUGGUAUAAAAACCGUUUUUGAUCCUAUUUUCUGCUAUGAGAUUGAGACUCUUAAACCUUUCUUUACUACCUAGCUUCAAGAGCCACCUGAAAGUUUACCAGGGUAGGACAGAACUGUUCUGUUCAGCAGGAUAAUCUCCAUGUAUAGACAGAACUAAGAAGCUAAUGUUAGGCUACAUCACAGUCGCAUUACUUCACGUAACCACCGCUAAGCUAAAGGCGGCUAAUGUUUGGCGUGAUGACGUUGCGUUGUCUCAUUAAGUCACAAGUUUAUUACAAUUUAUAAACGAUACACAUACAGAAUUCAGGCUUAGCUCUCUAUGUAGCUUUGGUAUAACCUGGAUCACAUCUGUUAUGUUUAUUUUCCACGUUUAGGUUGAUGCAAAUACUGGUUCUGGUUCCAACACAGCAGACUACUUGUCAUUGUUCAGAUCCGAGAGACUCUGGUGUGUUUUUUAUUUCUAAGUUUACACACCUUCUUUGGCUGUUGUGGUUACGAUGGUGGAUAUUUUUGAGGCGGUUGAUUCUCGGAGGAUUGACCUGUUCUGACUUGUUAAAAGUACAGUCCAACAUAAAAGGAUUAGUACUACAUCUGUUCAUUUUAUUGACUAAGUGAAAAUCAAAACGUGGGAUUUCUUUUUCGGUUUAAACUUAGGUUUUGUUAGUUGGUUACAUGUGAGGUCCUUUGAAGUUUCCUGGAAAUAACGAUUAUUUGUUGCCUUCCAAAGGAUGCAUCCAGUGAUUCAAUUCCAAUGAAUAGCUGACUUUUAUCCAACAAAAAAUGUGUUGUAUUAGUCUUAGGGCUAGCAAAUAAUACAUAAUAUAUUUCCAUAUUUAAUAAUAUGACUCAAUAUUUAAUUUGUUUUUAAAUGGAUCCUUUCAACAUGUUAUUUUUAUCUCAACAUAGCUAGCUAAAAUAACUUAAUUUGCCAAAAGUAUGUGUGGAAUUUUUCCAGACUCCAUUGCCUCGAAAUCAAGUUUGUUGCCAAAAUAACAAGUGUUGUCUGUGGGUUGAUCGUGUCUGUGUGCUUGUUUUUAAAAUGCAGUUUAUCUUUAUUCAAAGUGUCUUUAUUUCAAGCGUUCCUUCAGGAGGAGGAAAGCAUCUCUGCAUCAGUCAAACGGAGGAGAAAAACUUAACUCUUCCUCUCUGUUUUCUUUGUAAUAUAAACUUGUGGUGCUGCAUUCUUACGGAACAAAAUGAGACACAAUAUCAGUGAAUGUCCGAGGAUACGGUCCUCUGUGAACUUAUGUAUGCUCCUAAGAAGUCAAAAAAGGAGCUGGGACAAUGUUUCAAGAACAUUGGAAUUAAGAUUUGUAAUCACAUGGACUUUUCUUGACCAUCCACAGAGGUUUCUUUUUGUACAGAAUGACGGACAUUUGUUAUUUGACAUUAAAGCACCACAGGUGUUUUUGCAUCUUU